AUGGCUGGGCGAGCAGUGAUGCGUUCCGGAAAUACAGGCGGUCCAAACAAAACUUGCCAGUUUAAAUUGGUUUUGUUGGGUGAAAGUGCAGUUGGGAAGUCAUCAUUGGUCCUAAGAUUUGUAAAGGGACAGUUCCAUGAGUACCAGGAAUCAACAAUUGGUGCUGCAUUCCUCACUCAAACUGUUUGUUUGGACGAUACCACAGUGAAAUUUGAAAUAUGGGAUACUGCAGGACAGGAAAGAUACCAUUCAUUAGCACCGAUGUACUACCGCGGAGCACAAGCGGCAAUAGUUGUUUAUGAUAUUACAAACCAGGAAUCAUUUGCGAAGGCGAAAAAUUGGGUAAAAGAGUUGCAGCGGCAAGCCAGUCCGAACAUUGUAAUUGCUUUAUCAGGAAAUAAAGCUGAUCUUGCAAACAAACGAGUUGUUGAAUAUGAGGAAGCUCAGGCUUAUGCAGAAGAUAAUGCGUUGUUAUUCAUGGAAACCUCAGCAAAAACUGCAAUGAAUGUAAAUGACAUCUUCCUUGCGAUUGCUAAGAAACUACCAAAAGGUGAUGGGACUGGUGGUGGUCCAUCAGGACGUGGUCAUGAAGGAAUAGAUAUCGGCCAAGAGGGUCAAGGUCAAAGUGUAAGUUCUGGUUUAUGCUGUAAAUAA